GAAACUUGAGAGAAAGAAAACGGCUAAGAAACUUAGGCACACACAAAGCACACUACUCUUUGAAAAUGAAUUCGCCCCACGAAAAGGUGGUGCAAGCUAUCCUUUAUGGACAUAGCUGUGCCAAGCGUUUGAAGCUCUGGCUAGAGGAUCCAAUGGCUGAUGACAGAUCGGUUUCAAGCUAUGAUCUUGCUAAAUCCAUCGUCCAUUGUUUUUCCAACGCCAUCUCAAUCUUAUCUGAUCAACCAAAAUCGGAGGAUGACCAGGUUUCUGAUUUAUCUUCUAUGGAUUCUUCUCCUCCUCUUCCCCACUCCAAAAGAAGAAAGAUUAAUAGUACAAAUUCAACUAAGAACUGGAGGGACGAUUCACCGGAUCCCUACAACGACGGGUUUCUUUGGAGGAAAUACGGCCAAAAGUCUAUAAAAAACUCUAAAUACGAAAGGAGCUACUAUAGAUGUUCUUACCACAUAGAUCAUGACUGUGGAGCAAGAAAGCAUGAACAGCAGAUCAAAGAAAACCCUCCGGUGUACCGAACCACUUACUUUGGCCACCACACUUGCAAGAUUAACCAUAAUCAUGAUGCUGUUUUCACUGCGGUUCAAGAUCAGGUAGAUGAUGCGGGAAGUUGCCGGAUUAUACGAUUCGGGAAAGAACUUGAUCAGGAGAAGGGAAGUCACUCUACCGGUUUUUCUUUAUCGGUUAAGCAUGAAGAAUCAAUCAUCAAAGAGGAAACCUGCACGGACCAGUACCGUGGGAUAACCGGUGACGAUAAAGAUUGUCAACAUGUGAUGGAAGAGAAUCAGUCAUCACUAUCAAGUUCUUAUACUCCUCCGUUGUCAUCUGUCAGUGAAACUGACAUGUUUGAUUCAGAUCUGCUAUUGAACAACUUGGACUCGUGGGAUCGUUAUGGUUUGUUUGACUUUGGAGUUCACUAAAAAAAAUUCAGCUAAAGGAUCUCCUUUACGAGAAUUAAUGAAAACUACGCGUAUGUAUGUUAUUGAAUAGUUUCUAUCAUUUUAUCGAGCAUGAGUAGAAUAUUUGAAGUGGGUUGUUGUAACAAAAUCAUUUGCUAGAGACAAAGUGUAAUACAUAUAUCCACCAAACCAGGAAAUAAAAAUAAAACAAAG